UUUUAUUUUUAUAUAUAUAUAUAAUGUCACAAGCAGGAGGGUUUCAUGGACGUAAAGAACAGAUUGUGUCUUCAUUAGUGGAAUACUUGGAUCCCGAAAGACGAGAUAAAUCACCUAAAGGAUUCAUUGAUGCGCCUAUUUUGGACUUGAUGCAUGUGAUUAACUCUCAUCCCGAAUAUUACACCACCAGCAGUUGUUCUGGUCGAGUGGCCAUGUAUUGUGAAGGGCUUGAAAAGGAUGUGGAAAGUACAGACAGUGAUCCCAAUGCGAUUGAAAAGACUACGAAGGGAGGUCAGUGGUUAUAUGUCAGUCAUGACCCUAUUCCCAUCCCUGACAACAACAGCCCAACGGAUGAGUGGAUUGUCAAGUUGUUGUUUGGUAAAGAGAGUGAUAAAGUGGUGUUUGAUAAUAAGCGACCUGCUGAUAUUCUCAACCGACAAUUGAUCUAUUUUAAGUUUGAGCCUUUGGUGAGUUUAAUUGUAAUUGAUAAUAUGUUUGUAUUAAUGAGAGGGUUAGAUCCUUCAUAUUGAGGCUUCUAGCCAGGAAACAGCCAUGCAUUUAUUGGGUGUUGCAUAUCAAGUAGGCUAUCAGAACUCGGGUAUUACACCUUCCCGUCGUCAUAUGCUUGCGAUUCGUAGUACACACAAGAUUGAUACACCUGUAGCUUAUGUUGAGAAGGGACAGAUUCAUUGCCUUGUGGAUCCAGCUUAUUUAUAUCUCUUAUUGAAUAUGUCGAAUCAAAAGUUUGAGCAGAACAUGGAGCGUAUGAAGAUAUUUGAGGAUACUAUGCGAACUGAACUGACCAAGGCAGAGGAAAAGGAAAAGUGGGAGAGUAAAGAAGCACGUAGAGAAAGAAAGCGUAUGGAAGGACUCUCUUUAAAAAGCAAAUUACAAAAACCAAAGGAACAAGAUAAGCCUGAUUUAGAAGAUUUAUUAGAAUAUGUGGUUUUAUAAUAAAUAAAAAAUAAAAAAAAAAUUGAACUAAAAAAAAAAA